GCGGUAUUGGCUGGGAACUUGUGACAAGCUGUUGAGACCAAGCACACCAAUUCAGUACGUAAGACGACGCACACGAUGACGGCCUCAUCAUCACCCGUGGGGAUUCGCCGCUUGGCCCCGAGGCUGCCUAUCCUGCUGCUCGCCGCCCUCAUCGACAACUCCUUUUUGGCUCUGCCACCAGUGUCAGCUCACAGCUUUGUCUCGAGCAUAUCUAUCAACGAGCUCGCCUACCACGGUUUCGCGCCAGUCGCAUCCGGGCCCGCCGCCACUCCGUCGUCAGUCGUAGGCUGGUCAACCACAGCCUACGACCAGGGCUACGUCAACCAGACCGGCUUCGCACCCAUCUCCACAUCCACGUCACCUGACGGCGAGGACAACGACGAUGAUCUUGAGAUCAUCUGCCACCGGGGCUCCCGCGCCACGCCAUACCACGCGCCUGUGGCGGCCGGGGGCGCGAUCCAUGUCCAGUGGAACGGCUGGCCCGAGGGCCACAAGGGUCCCGUGCUGAGCUACCUCGCGUUCUGCGUCCGAGGCUGCAACGCCGUGCGCAAGUCGGAGCUCGAGUUCUUCAAGAUCGAGGAGGCCGGGCUCAGCGACACCGCUGUGCCCACAAACCUCGCGGAAAUGACGUGGGCGUCGGACCAGCUCAUCGCCAACAACAACUCGUGGGUCGUCUCGAUCCCCGCGCAGCUGCGGCCAGGUUUCUACGUGCUGCGCCACGAGAUCAUUGCGCUGCACAACGCGUCGAUGGACGACGGGGCACAGAACUACCCACAGUGCCUCAACCUGCUGGUCACGCCGCCGCCGCCGCCCAAGUCGGAGAGCGGAGCAGUAGCGCAGGACAACAACGACCAGGGUUAUAUCCUGCCAAAGGGCGUGCUCGGCCGGGAGCUGUACGAUGCGAAUGGGCGGGACCGGGCGAGUUUUGACAUUGACAUUUACGCGCCCUUUGAUGGUCAGAAUGGGACGGGAUCGGGUAAUGCUGAGGGCUCUACGAAGAAGAAACGUUAUCAGAUCCCAGGACCAGCGGUUGCACUCUGGGGAAAGGAGGUCGGGUUGUCGCAUCCAAUGCCGACUGGGGCUGGAGUGCCUGUUGCCGCGGACUCAUAGAAACUGUCAGACGUUCAGAUAAAGGGUUUGGACUUUAAGAUACCGCCUAGCAACAAGGCUGUUCUCGAGUCUCGAGCUGACAUUGUGAGGCACUCUCCGCCGAGGGAGAGGUAUAUUGAGGUGUUGCGUUACAUCCUUCUUGAACC